AUGACUCCGGGGGAGCAAGGAGUGAACGAAACCAUAAAAGUGUUAGGCUUGCGUUGGGACCCAACCGCCGAUACGCUGGAGAUCGCCUAUCAUCCGAAUCCACCUGUAAAACAACCACCAACGAAACGUACGGUGUACUCUGAGAUCGCCAAAUUCUUCGACCCCCUUGGACUGGUUUCGCCGGUGAUCGUCUUGGCGAAACUCCUCGCGCAGAAGCUGUGGCAGCUUAAAAUCAACUGGGACGAUCCGGUAGAUGAAAAUAUUGCCAAGCAGUGGCAAAAUCUUCAACUUUCCCUAACGCAUCUCCACGAUAUCGAGAUCCCUCGGUGUGUUAUUUUGGACAAUGCAGUCGCCUACGAGUUGCAUGGUUUUUCGGAUGCCUCCACAGCGGCAUACGGAGCAUGCAUCUACCUACGGUCCCUUUUUGCUGAUGGUUCGGCAAAGCUUCGUCUUCUCACCAGUAAAUCCAAACUGGCGCCUUUGAGUGAACUCACCAUUCCACGGAAAGAAUUGUGUACCGCCCUCCUGUUGACCCGUUUACUGGUGAAGGUACUGCCAGCCCUGGAUAUGCCGGUUCAGGAAGUUGUGCUGUGGAGCGACAGUACGAUUGUCUUAGCCUGGCUAAAGAAACCCCUCAACCAGUUGCAGCUAUUCGUCCGAAAUCGAGUCGCUGUGAUCCAGCAGCACACAGACAAGUUCCGGUGGGAACAUGUCCGAUCCCAUCAGAAUCCAGCCGAUAUCAUCUCUCGCGGACAGCUUCCAGAAGAUUUAGCUACCAACACUCUCUGGUGGCAUGGUCCGAGUUACCUUGAAGUGGUGUGCUACGAAGUGGUUAUUCCGGACGAGAUACCUGAGGAAGCGCUACCGGAACUGAAAGCUGCCGUCGCCAUCUCUGAUGUAAGAAUAGAUAUGCCUUCAUUCUUCUCCAAUUACAGCAAUUUCCGCAAGCUACAACGAAUUGUUGGGUACAUUCGUCGGUUUGCUAAUAAUUGCCGUAAGCAGAAUCCAACCGACCGAGAACUAAGACCCCAUCUGACCGUCCAUGAGCUUCGCCGUGCAACAGAAACCAUCAUCCACGUCUUACAGCAUGCACACUUUGCUGACGAAAUCAAACGAGUCCUCGACAACGAACCCCGCAAGAGGUUAGGAAAUCUUCGUCCUAUUUACACCAACGGUUUGCUCCGUGUUGGUGGCCGACUUGACCGAUCGCAACUACCAUUUGAAAGUCGCCAUCAAAUUAUCUUACCGGAUAAGGAUCCGGUGAUUCAUCGUUUCAUCCAGCAAAUGUACUUCGAACUUCUUCACGUCGGCCAAACAGGUUUGCUGAAUGCUCUUCGCCAAAGGUACUGGCUCCCGAAAGGUCGAUCCAUCAUCCGUUUCAUCACCCGUCGAUGCGUUAAAUGUUUCCGAACCAAUCCUACGACACCCAAUCAACUAAUGGGAAACCUACCAGCUUCGAGAGUGAUGCCAUCGCCCCCAUUCGCCAUAACCGGUGUGGAUUACGCCGGCCCCUUCUGGAUUAAACAAGGGUCACGUCGUCCAACGCUGAUCAAGGCGUACGUAGCAGUUUUCGUCUGCAUUGCAACUAAGGCUGUGCACCUGGAAGUCGUCUCCGAUUUGAGCACCGAUGCUUUCCUGGCAUCUCUAAGAAGAUAA